ACGCACGCACGCUCGCUCGCUAAUCAGGUUAUUUUAUCCACCAAUCAAAUCAAGCGACUGUUACAUUAGGGUUUGCCUCUCCAACUGCAACUGCGUGACAAUCAAUCAAUCCACCGAUCAAACCCUAGUUGCUUCGGAAACGAUUAUUGACUCUUUUUCUCAACUUUUGACCAACAAUGGCUUCGAGAUUUUGGACUCAGGGUGGUAGUGAUUCCGAGGAGGAGGAGAGUGAUCGCGAUGAGGAGGUUGAAACUGUGGCGGUUGAAUCCGCCGGUCAAGAUGUUAGUAACAGUAACAAGUAUUAUGCGGAGAAUGAGGGUAACAGUGAUGACUCUGAUGAUGAUCAAAAGCGCGUUGUCAGGUCGGCCAAAGAUAAGCGUUUUGAGGAGAUGGCGGCCACUGUCGACCAGAUGAAGAAUGCUGUCAAAAUUAAUGACUGGGUGAGUCUGCAAGAGAGCUUUGACAAGAUUAACAAGCAGCUUGAGAAGGUCAUGCGUGUCACCGGGUCUGACAAGGCUCCCAGGAUUUACAUCAAGGCUCUUGUGAUGCUGGAGGAUUUCUUGGCUGAGGCUUUGGCGAAUAAGGAUGCCAAGAAGAAGAUGAGUAGUAGCAAUGCCAAAGCCUUGAACGCUAUGAAGCAGAAGUUGAAGAAGAAUAAUAAGCAGUAUGAGGAACUGAUUACCAAGUGCAGGGAGAAUCCCGAGAUUGACGAGGAAAAAGAGGAAGAGGAGUCGGAUGAAGAGUAUGAAACUGAUGAUGAGAUUAUCGACCCCGAGCAGCUUAAGAAGCAGCCCGUGCAUUCGGAUUCGGAAGCCUCUCAAUAUGAGGAUGAUAAGCAAGAUGAUGGAGAAGGACCUUGGGACCAAAAGCUUAGCAAGAGAGACAGGCUUAUGGAUAGACAGUUCAUGAAAGACCCUAGCGAGAUCACCUGGGACACUGUUAACAAGAAGUUCAAAGAGGUUGUGGCGGCUAGAGGCAAGAAGGGUACCGGAAGGUUUGAACAGGUUGAGCAGCUCACCUUCUUGACUAAAGUUGCUAAAACACCUGCACAGAAGCUGGAAAUUCUUUUCAGUGUGGUCUCUGCUCAGUUUGAUGUUAAGCCAGGCCUCAAUGGGCAUAUGCCCAUAAAUGUGUGGAAGAAAUGUGUACAGAAUAUGCUGAUCAUUCUGGAUGUUCUAGUGCAGUACCCAAACAUAAAGGUUGAUGAUUCAGUGGAACCAGAUGAGAAUGAAACUAUGAAAGGGUCUGACUAUGAUGGAUCUAUUCGAGUUUGGGGUAACUUAGUUGCCUUCUUAGAAAAAAUAGAUGCUGAGUUUUUCAAGAGCCUGCAAUGCAUAGAUCCUCACACACGUGAGUAUGUUGAGAGACUUAGGGAUGAGCCUGUGUUUUCGGUUCUUGCUCAGAAUGUCCAGGAAUAUCUUGAAAUGACUGGCGACUUUAAAGCUGCUUCUAAGGUAGCCUUGAGGAGGGUUGAACUCAUCUACUACAAACCACAAGAGGUUUAUGAUGCCAUGAGAAAAUUGGCUGAGCUGACAGAAGAUGGAGAUAAUGGAGGGGAGGAGUCAAAAGGUUUUGAGGAAACAAGAAUUCCUACUGCAUUUGUUGCUACUCCAGAGCUUGUGGCCCGAAAACCCACAUUCCCUGAGGAUAGUAGGACUCUGAUGGAUGCAUUAGUCUCACUGAUAUACAGAUAUGGAGAGGAGCGCACCAAAGCACGUGCAAUGCUUUGUGAUAUAUAUCACCAUGCUCUUCGUGAUGAGUUCUCAAUAGCCCGUGAUCUACUGCUUAUGAGUCACUUGCAAGAUAACGUUCAGCAUAUGGACAUCUCUACACAGAUACUUUUUAACAGAGCUAUGUCACAAUUAGGUCUCUGUGCUUUUCGUGUUGGACUGAUUUCUGAAGCACAUGGUUGCUUGUCUGAACUUUAUUCUGGUGGAAGGGUGAAAGAGUUGCUUGCACAAGGCGUGUCACAAAGUCGUUAUCAUGAGAAGACCCCCGAACAGGAAAGGUUGGAAAGAAGACGUCAAAUGCCAUAUCAUAUGCAUAUAAAUCUUGAGCUUCUGGAGGCAGUUCAUCUUAUAUCUGCUAUGCUGCUAGAAGUUCCCAAUAUAGCAGCCAAUGUUCAUGAUGCAAAGCGCAGGGUCAUCAGUAAGACAUUUCGUCGCUUGCUUGAGGUCAAUGAUAAACAAACAUUUGUUGGUCCACCUGAGAAUGUAAGAGAUCACGUUAUGGCUGCCACAAGGGUUCUUAGUAAAGGAGACUUCCUCAAGGCUUUUGAAAUUAUAGUGUCUCUUGAUGUAUGGAAAUUUGUGAAAAACCGGGACACCGUGCUCGAAAUGCUGAAGGACAAAAUCAAGGAGGAGGCACUUAGGACAUAUUUGUUUACCUUUGCCUCAUCGUAUGAUUCUUUGAGUGUGGACCAACUCACAAAACUUUUUGAUCUCUCUGUUCCUAGAAUUCAUAGCAUUGUCAGUAAGAUGAUGAGCAAUGAGGAGCUUCAUGCAAGCUGGAACCAGCCAACUCGGUGUAUUGUUUUCCAAAACGUUGAGCACUCUAGGCUGCAGGCGUUGACAUUCCAAUUGGUAGAGAAGUUAUCUAUCCUUGCAGAGAGUAAUGAAAGAGCUGCAGAGGCAAGGAUUGGUGGUGGUGGAUUGGAUCUGCCUCAGAGGCGGAGAGAUGGCCAGGACUAUGCUGCUGCUGCAGCUGGUGGUGGCGGUGGAACAGCAGGUGGUAGGUGGCAAGAUUUGUCCCUUUCUCAGCCAAGGCAAGGUGGUGGACGCACAGGAUAUGGUAGUGGUGGUGGAAGGCCAAUGGCAUUCAGUCAGGCAGCUGGUAGUGGCUAUUCUAGGGAUCGAACGGGACGGGGAACUGGCGGUGGCUAUCAGAGUGCAUAUAGCGGCGGUUCAGGGAGGGCUCAUCAUGGGGGUUCAACAUUGAGGGGGCACCAGGGCGAUGUAUCUACUCGCAUGGUUAGCCUUAAGGGAGUUCGUGCUUAAAGAAUUUUAUUUGAGAAAACUCGUAGUUUAAGCUUUCAAUUUUGUACCGUUUUAUUUGUCAGGUACUUCAUCUGAAGUUGCAAUGAUAUUGUUAUGGGGGGUUUUUCCCUUAUUUUGCUAUGUUUUGUCUUUCUUAGGAUUGAACUUUAAGGAGUUAAAUUUAUGUAUGGAUUUAAUUCUUUUCUUGUUGAUUUUUGAUUUGACAGUUAUAUCUUUGGAAUAUGUCCUUUAUGUCA